UUCGAAAUUCGUCCUUUUGCCAGUUUCAAUAUACAUUGUCAAUAAAUCACAUAAUAUUCGAAAACAUACACAAAUCUGUUAUUAGUGUCCUUCGGGCUAUACUCAACUCAACAUCUAAACUGAAUUCGUGUACAGAAUUGUCGUGUACAGAAUUAUUACCUUCGCAUAUAUAUCUAGCAUUAUUUUUAAGUGAAUAUAACGAUUAAAGUGUUUGAUAAUUGUCAAUUACACGAGUAUAUAAUGCCUGAUAUAACUAAAACCUUGUGUAUAUAUGGUGGAUUAGACACAGCAAAUAAUUAUAAUCAGUUUUUCAAUCCGAAUAUCUGUCAUGUUUGCAAGUGGCCGAAUCAAGGCGAAUUAAUGCCAUGUGGUUCAUGCGACAUGGUCUUUUAUUGUUCCAAAGAGCAUCAAAUAAUGCAUCAAAGCUCGCAUAUGGAAGUCUGUCCAUUUAUUACAUUUGCAAGAACAGAAGACUUGGAAUUGAACGCUCGUUUUUUUAACUCAGAUGAUGAAUGGAGGUCAUCUCGAAAGACAUUUAUGCAAGGAAUUCAGAUAAAAAUGACACGUGAUCUAAAGCCGUACGAGAAAGAGAUAAUAAUGUGUGCAAAAUCAUGUCUCAUUUGUCACCAACAGAUUAAUCUGCGAACAUGCAACAUCUGUUAUUCCGCCAAUUAUUGUGAUGAGCACCAAAGGGAUUUUAACAAAAAACACGAGUCAAUGUGUACGGAUUUAUUGGUAUUUCUGAAUUUGAAUCUUUUAAGUCAAAAAUUAGAUUUAAAUUUGUAUCCACCAGCUAUGAAGUUUGCCAAUAUAACAAUAGAUUUUGAUGAUAUGAUUACAUUUGUUAAUCAACAUAUUAAUAAAGUUUAUGCAAAGAUGGGAGUUUGGAACGUUAAUUCUUACAUAUAUUCGGAUUAUAUGUCAGCACCAUUGACACUAUAUUACGGGUUGAAGGAAUUCGUAAAUUUAUUUAAAAAAGCACAGAUUUAUAGAGAAGAAUAUAAACUUAUUAACCGCCUCAAUGGUUUUAUCUUUAUCGUACAUAUCAUAGGUGCGAGUUCAGUAGAUAUAACGGGCUUACCAUCAUGGGAGAUCUUCUUACAUAUUUUCAAUAAACAUAAAUUUUCGAAAAAUAAAAUUAUGGAAUUAAAAGUUAUAUUGGUAGCACCAGAAACGGAUUGUGACAGGAAUGAAUACUACGAUGUUUGCAGCCGAUGCGUCAAAGCAAAUAAGCAGCUAUAUUUUGGACAUGUAGGUGUGUCAUAUGAGGAUUAUUUGCGUACAAAUCUCUAUAAGCAAGCAAAUAUCAUUAUUGCAUUUCAAGCAGAAUUUAGUAUGGGGAGUUCACUGUUAGAUAUUUUCAUCGCAACACAAGAUCGUACAUGUCCGUUUUUUUUCACUACUUCGUCACAAAAUAAAGCAGAAGAGAGCAUAAGGAAGAUACAAGAAGUCAUGAAUGUUCCUAGAGAACAGCGUUCUGUAGAAAAUAAAUUUCGGAGUUGUAGACCAUACAGAAAUUACGAGACUGGUGAGAUUUGUUAUCGUAAUGCUCAUUUAGUUGUGUUCUUCUGAAUUUAUAUAAUACAAACGAGACAACAAGAAAUUCAAUAAAUAUAUAACAGCUUUCGGAAUUACCUUUAGUUUGGGAACGGUUUCGAGGCUACAUAUACUUCCCUUUUUCACUCUAACUCGUCCGCUGGGCCGCGAAAUUAACAAUUAUAUUUCUCAGCCUGAAGGCCGUUUAUAUGGAGUUUAAGUUACGCAGAUAAAGUUUUGUUCGGCUAUUGAUAAGAGUCUCACAGAUAUUACAAUGUCAAUGGUCCUAAGCCAUGGCUCUUCAGCCGAGCUGGAACGACAAAAUGUACCUUAAUCCGCACAGAAAAUCAAGAUCCGAUUAUUUUCUCGUUAGUUUGAUUUGCAUCAUGAUUUUAUAUUCUACUUAACAUAAUUGUAUUUGCAACUUAGUUAUGAUUGCUUCUGCAAUAUUUCAACAUUAUUCUUUAUUAUUUGUAAAUUUUAUAAUAUUCACGAAUAAAUAAUCAUUUCGUUGAUAGAACAUACAUUCAUUGUCAAGUAUAUUAUAUUUACCUUCUUACCUUCUUAAACUUUAGAAAGGAGACUCCCACAAAAAGACAUACUAAUGUUUAUUAUAACUUGUGUAUAUUUAUAGUUAAGUUAGAUUCUUGUAAUAUUUUUAUAAUGUCAUAAAAUAUUACUUUUAACCCUGUGCGGUAUAGUGCCAUAGCCAUACGGCACCUUUCCCUACUCUGUUUUUUAUAAUUUUUACAUAUUUUUUAUUAAGCCA